CGGGCCGAGUGCUAAGACACACAGUGCCCCGGGGCUGCGUUGGGGGACGAAACUGUCCCGGAGCUAUGAGCGGGACGACUGGCCGUGGGUCCUUGCCCAGGCCGCGCAGGGGCGACCUCGCGGCAAAGAUGCCGGGUCGCUGCGUGGGGCCCAGUAGGUUGGGACUGGAAGUUCGGCGGCCGUGGGGGAGGAGAUGGGGUGCAGGGCCGUCUCGAGGCUAUGGAGCGAGGCGCCGGGCGAGGUCCUCGGUAUGGGAGAGGCGGUGUAUGAGUGCAGAAAGGCGGCAGCGGCCAUUGGGGAGGAUACCAACUGCGGAGGUUGUCGCUGGAGUGAGCGAGGCUUUGGGAACACCUGGGACUGCAGGCUUUAUUGAAACUGCAAGGGAUCAUAGGGCCGUGUGGGUGAACGGGGCUUUGGGUGAGCCCGAGGUCGUGGGACCCGCAGGGUCUGUGUGGGUGACUGGAUCUGGGGAGGAGGCAGACGAUAGGAGUCCCCGAGGUUGUGAGAGAAAAGGUCGUCCGGGAUCUCUGGGGCAUGGGAGUAUUCUGGAACUGUGGUUGAAGGUGCAGGCAAUGAGAGCAGCUUCAGGAUGUGGGGAUGGAAGCAGAGUGGAGCUCUGUCCUGUGCCUGCAGGAGAGGGACCAGUAGAAAGAGGUGUCCCUGGCCGGGCUUCCUGGGUAGAGACAAGCCGACGUGGUGUCACAGGACCCUGGGUGAAGGGACAGGUGAGGGCAGUUCCCCAGGCAGAACUGCCCACAGUCAUGAAGUUAAGGGCAGGCUGUGAGGGUGUCCCCACUUUCUGUGGGCAUGGACAGACUGGGAGGGUGCUGCCUCCUGUGAGCCUGUCUGAGACUGUGGAUACAAUAGGCUCUGCACAUGCUUCAGGUCCUUGGCAAAGAGGACAGACUAGGGGUGUGCCUGGGACCAUUAGGUUGCCUGAAACUGUGGGAGUACCCAGAACUCUGGAGAUUGAGGUGGGCUGUGGGGAUGCUCCAGGUCUGUGGGGCAGAGGGCCGCUAGUGCAGGUUCCUGGGGCUUUGGCACAAGAUGCAGUCUGUGAGAAUACCCGAGGCUUGUCGGGGAGGCAACACUCUGGGGGGAUCCCUAAUGUUAUGAUGGUACCCAGAGCUGUAGAGGAGGAAACUACCCCUAUGUAUGCCUCAGGCCUGUGGCAGAGGAGACAAGAAGCAGAUGAUAUAGGCUCUGAGGGCAUUCCUGCCUUGUGGGGCACAGGACAGCCUGUAGAGAUGCCUUGUGCCACUGAAGAAGAAACUAGAUGUGAUGGUGACCCAGGAUUAAGGGAAAGGGGACAAGCUAUGUGGCUAGAGACAGGAUCUGGCAGUGACCCAGGGUCAUGGGAAGCACAGACUGCAGAACAGCAGAUGGGUUUUCAGGGUGCUAGGGACUUGUGGGGUAUAGAACAUUCUGUGGGAGUACCCAAGGCUUUGGGGAAGGAGACAGACUGUGCAAGCAUCCCAGCAAUGUGGGAAACAGGACAACUUCCUGGGGGGUCCCAGGCUGUAGUGGUCCCAGGAACUUUGGAAGACGAUAACAACUACGAUGGCAUCCCAGGCCUGUGGGAGAGGCAGCAGACUCUGGGAACGCCUCUGACUGAGGUAGAGGCAGUGCCAGGGCUUAAUGUCAGGGAAACACAUACUGGGAAUGUCCUAAGGCUGUGGGAAAGGAGGAGCAUCAUGGGGGAGCAAGAGGAUCUGGUACCUGCAGCUUUAGAGGCAUCAGGGCUUUCAGAUCAAGAGACCAGCUAUGGGACUGUAUUGUGUCUUUGUGGGAGAAAGCAGGCUAUGGGGGUGUCUGAGACAGUGGGUAUGUCUCAGGCAGCAGGAGUGCCCAAGCACAGGUGUGCCCUAGCAGGGGUACCCAUAGCUCUGGAAGUGACUGGGCCUGGAAAGAUACCUGCCAGAGUGCCUGCUGCAGUGUGGGCAUCUGGCCCUGUGUGUCAGGAAAAUAGUGCUAGAGAUGUCAUGAACCUGUGGGAAAGAACUCAUGCUUCUGGAAUGCCUGUGGAUUCAGGGGGUCCCAUGUCUCCUGAGGAGCUAUGGUCUGUGGGAAAGGAUAAUGGUUCUGAGCCUUUCCCAGGUUCGUGGGGAAGAAGACAGGCUGUUGAGGUGUAUGGUUCUCCGGAGGUACAGACUGGUUCUGGGAGUUUCACUGGCUUCUUGGGAAGGAGACAAACUGUAGGAACACCUGCGAUUAUGGGAGUAUCCCCAGCUAGUGGAGGGCCUUUGACUUCCAGGGUACCUAGGCCUCUGCGAGAGGAAGCUGUCUCUGGAACUGUCUUUGGCUUAUGCAGGGAGAGACAGGCAGUGGGAGGACCUGCAGAUGCCAGGGUUUCCACCAGGAUGCCCACUUGUGCCAGGGUGCCUGAGCCCAUGGAGGAGAAGACUGGUACUGGGUGCAUCUCAGGCUUGUCAGGAGGCAGGCAGACUGCAGGAGUAUAUAGGGCUAUGGGGUUCCCUGAGCCCUUAGGGGAGGAGAGACACUCUAAAGGUCUCUUGAGUUUAUCUGGUAGAGGGCAGACUACUGGAAUGCCUGUGACUGCUAGAGUUUCCAUGGCCAUGGGAGUGCCCACAGCUUCUGGGCCCCAGAUGGAGCCGGGUAGUGGCUCUGGUGAUGACUCCAGCAUAUGGGGAAGGAGACUAGUCACUGAAGUGCCCACUGCUGCCAGCCGUCCUGGAUCUGUGGAGGAGGAGAUGGGUUCUGAAGGUGUCUCAGGCCUGUGGCAAAGGAGAACCAGUAGAACAGUACCUGAGGCUAUUAGGGUGUCUGUCCCUCUGGGGACACUUGCAGCUGUGGGUGUUCCCAAGGCAGGGCGUGUGCCUGCUGCAGUGUGGGUGACUGGGUCCUCAGGGGAAGAAGCAGGUGUGGAUGUCUCAGGCCUGACAGUGGUGAGGAGGCAGUCCACAGAGGGAGCAGGGGCUUCAGGGGAAGAGUCAGGAGGUAGAGGUAUCCUGGGACUGGCAGGGACAUGCCAGACUGUGGGAGCGUCUCACACUUGUGGGGGUAGUGCCAGGUUUUGGAGCUGUCCAAGGUCUAUGGGUGAAGAAACAGCCUGUGAGAAUGUUCCUAGAGUGUCCAGGACACGAUUGGCUGUGGUGGUUCCCCCAGUUUCAAGAGAGGAGAUAGGUCUCAGCCAUUUCAGAGAUCCCUCAGAGCAGAGAGGGAGGAGACAGGUUGGAGAAGUGCCUGGAAUCAGGGCAAUGGGGAAUGAUUUGGGACAGAAUUAUGUGGGGGGGGACAGAUUAGGGAGGGCGUUCCAGUAG